AUGCCGAAGGGAGAGGCCGAGUAUUUUUUCACAUACAGAACCAAUGUCAAGGGACGGUGGUGCGGAAGGCCUGUUAUAGAUGUUCUUGCUUCAGAGUUCAGGACAAGGACCAGAGACUAUUUUUUGUCUGCACUGGAGUGUGGCGUGAUAACAGUUAACGAGGAAGUUGUAGAGCCUACAAGGAUGCUCAGGAUCGGAGACGUAAUAAAGCAUACUGUUCAUAUCCACGAGCCGUCGCAUCCGGAGAUCGAUGUUAUAAAGAUAGAGGAAGACUAUGUUGUUGUAAACAAGCCGUCUGGGAUUCCCUGCCACCCCACAGGAGGUUAUAGAGAAUACUCUGUCACAAGAGCGCUUUUUGGAGACCAGAAGGUUGCCUGCAUCAAUAGGCUGGAUAUGCCUGUGUCUGGCGUGCUGAUAAUUGCAACAAGAAACCACUCGAAAUGCCUGGAAAGUAUCCGAGAUGCCGUGAAGAUCUACAUUGCAAAGGUCUGUGGAAUGUUUCCUGAUAGUGUGGUUGUGGAUAAAGGCAUCAAGUGCACAGAAGGUAAGAACAGGCAUGUGAGUGACGAAGGAAAGGCAUGCUUAACGCUAUUCAGAAGGCUGGAGUACAAAGAUGGAUACUCACUUGUCGAGUGUAAGCCUGUGACGGGGCGUACACAUCAGAUUAGAAUACAUCUACAGAGUAUUGGAUUUCCGAUCAUAAAUGACGUAAUGUAUGGUGAUGGUGUGCAGCCUCCGCUACCUCAAGAUGAUGUCUGUCAUGCAGACAUAAAUGGACUUGGGGACAGAAGGAUGUAUGAGUAUGUGGUUAAGCAUUGCAAGGGAAGGAGCAACCGGUCCUUUGUCGCCAAGGGCCACUACAUCUGCCUCCAUGCUUGGAAGUACAUAUAUAACGGAAUAGAGUAUGUGGCAAGCUUGCCCAACUGGUGUAGAGGAUGGGACCUAGCAUCAUCGCAAGUUACAGAGAAAAAUUUAUAA